GAUUCCGGCUGAAAAAGAAUUUUUAUUUUCGGUUGGAACUACAUGGCAGAUCGACUCUGUCAAACUGGAUCGAAAAAAAAGUAUAUGGGACAUAAGCUUAAGAUUAACUUCUGAUCAAGAUACAUCAUCGAUUGAACUAUUAAGUCAAGUGAAUGAACUAAUUUCACGACCAUGCACGCCAUUAACAUUAGCAAAUGUUUUACUUGCUCUAGGAGAACAUGAUACUGCAAAGAUAUAUUAUAAUGAAAUGCUUAAGGGCCAUCUAAAUGAACAAGAGAAAGAAGAUAGUUACAUGGGUCUUGGAAUACUCUGGUAUGAAAAAAAUGAAUCGAACAUAGCUUUAGAGUAUUUUGAAAAAACACAAAUACCACAAACAUUUGCUCAAUCUCCACACAAUCUUUGUCAAUUAUCAAUAAGUAUCAAUCAAGUAACCAAUUAUCCUAGAAAUAAUAAUAGAACUCUUUCUAUAAAAUAUUAUGGUGAAAUGAAUAGUAUUAUUUUAAUAUGUUUAUUAGGAAAUGAAGAUAAUUCAUCUAUAAAGAUUUUUAAUAAUAUUGGAAUUAUGAAUCAUAAAAAUGGUAGUUACGAAGAAGCAAUGGAAAAUUAUAUAAAAGCGCUUCAAACUAUAAAUGACUACGAAACAAUACAAAACGAACCAGAAUCUGCAGCUGUAUUCAAUAACAUUGCCGGUAUACAUUAUUGUAAAGGUGACUAUGACUUAGCACUGAUAAACUAUAAACAAGCUAUUACGAUAGCUGAUCAUAUGGUCUCAGGUAUACACUCUUGGAUUCGAGAUUUUAAAAAAAAUCAAGCUGUUGCUCAACGGCGUUACGUAAUUAAGAACUAUAGAUAA